GUCUUCCGGGUUCUGUGCUGCCUUGUCCGCAGGUUAUGAGGAUGAUUUCAGGCAAUGGAACGAGGAAGAAAGUCUGCAGUCAGCAACCGCAAGUGAGCAGCGUUUCAUCUUGUGAUGCUGACGCAUCGACUGAGAUUAAAAGCCUAUUCAGUAAAUUUAGAACCUAUCUCAAGCCGUCCAAUGAGGAAUGGUGCAGCCCUAGUGCCAAUGUCGCCCUGAGACCACACGCGAAAGUAGAAAACUGCUGCCUUCAGGCCCUAAAGGUAUCCCUCAAUGCUGUGAAGAACCAGCUCAGUGACAAGAACAUCGAAGUGUGGCAUAACCACACCAACUCCACCAACCGGGCUGGGAAGGUCAUCGCCACGGUGCGCUCUGCUGCCAAUGCGGAAAUCUGCACUCAGGCAUGGUGUAAGUUCUAUGAGAUCCUGGGAACAUUUAAUCUUCUUUCUGAGGAGGCGCUGCACUCUGGGGAGCUCAACACAGUUCACCUAUGUGAAGCUCCCGGGGCUUUUAUAAGCGCCUUGAACCACUAUGUCAAAACCUGCGAACGCACGCGCUAUUGCGACUGGAGCUGGGCCGCCAACACGCUCAACCCGUACCAUGAGGCCAACGCGGGUGGCACGACCAUCGCUGAUGAUCGGUUAAUCGCCAACACUCUGCCGUGGUGGUUUUUCGGGUCCGACAACACUGGCGACAUCAUGCUCCAAAAGCACCUACUGGAGCUGCAGACGUUUGUGGCAAACAUGCGGCGAGUGGAUUUGGUGACGGCGGACGGGAGCUUCGACUGUCAGGAGAACCCCGAUGAGCAAGAGGCGCUGGUGUCGCCGCUGCAUUAUUGCGAGGUGACCGCCGCGCUGCUGCUCCUCAGCCGUGGCGGCUCCUUCGUACUCAAAAUGUUCACUCUGUACGAACACUCCUCCGUCUGUUUGCUCUACCUGCUCAACUGCUGCUUCCGCUCCGUCAGCGUCUUCAAACCGGCCACAAGCAAGGCGGGCAAUUCAGAGGUUUACGUCGUGUGCCUCCACUACGAUCACAAGGAGGCCGUGAGGCCUCUGCUCUCCAAGCUCAUCCGAAAUUACGGACCGCAUCUGGCGGAGAGAGAGGCGCUCUUCCCGGAAUCCUCGAUCCCGCCAUCGUUCCUCGCACAGCAUGAAGAGCUGUGUACGUACUUUCACACCCUGCAGGUGGAGACCAUCAAAGAAAACUUGAGAUUGUUUGAAGGAAUGAGUACCGAGCGGAGGGAGAGGCUCAACUACAUAAGGGAUUGUGCCGCUCAGGAAUACUUGCAACGUUUCCAGGUGAGAUUCCUUCCCCGGAGUCGCUGGAUCUCCCGCAGCGCCAUCAGCCCCGCCUACUGCCACGGCUCGGUGGGCCGACCUCUGGGACCGAAGAAGCAAGCGGCAGGCUCCUUCAACGAGCGCAGGGAAUUGCAGACCCUCAGCUGGAAGGAGCGCGUCGAGAGAGGUUGCCAUGCCGACUGGAUACAGCGGCACUGCCGUGAGACAGAUGGGACGGAUUGCGUGCUGCGAGGACCCCUGUCCGGGUGUCACAUGGAUUCCUGGUACAUCGUCGUCGGCGCAGUACUGCCCGCGGUCAGAAACUCUCCGUUCUGUGCAGGAGUCUUGUUAAACUAUCUGACUGAAGCACAGCUGGCAUCAGCUGAGAGAGACUUCAAUCAAGUGCUUCCAUGUGACGCAUGCCACACGGUUAGCGCCGCGUCCAUCUUGUCAGACGUUGCAAGUCUUUGCACUGAUAAUAACGGGACGAAAACGAAAAGGCAGUGUAUGGUGUUCGGUAGCCGCUCGGAGUGGGACGCCAGUGGGAGCCAAAUCGAAGAGCUGCUUCUCACAUUUCCUUCGGAAAGUUCGUAUCCUCAAGGAGGCCACGGCACAUUGCACGACGGAGCGCCGGCGUACCAGCAUCUGUUCGUCAGCCGUGUCGUGAUGUCCCUGCAGAGGCUGACCUCUGGAGAUGCCCUGUUGCUGCUCGUGCCAUCCGCGCUCACCCGUGUUUCGGCUGCGUUGGUGCUUUGCUUGCACGCUUGUUUUCGCUCAAUCAAGUUCAGGUGCCCGCCCCCGUCAGGCGGCGUCGGGGCAGUGCUCGUAUGUGCUGGCUUUUGCCCUUCAGCUGUGGCCCAAAUCCUACCGGUUUUGACAGAAGUCCAAAACUGUAUUGGUGAAUUGCUGAAAGGCGAGGACUCAAGUCAACGUCAGCGAGCUUGUGAUAAACAGGUGCUCCAAUUUGUGCCCAUGGAGGAACUACUUAAUGGAGGCUUGACUGACUUCCUGCGGACCAUGAACUCUGAAAUUAUGCGACACACGCUGCAUUUGCUCAUGCAGGCAUAGAACGGGCGAGACUAUACCAGUUAAUGCCUUAAGAAGCGUUAUUUUAUAUUCAUAUGGAUUUUUUUUUUAAAUGAAGAAUUUCUGUUUUUUUGCAUCCUUGAGUAUUUUUGAGGGUG